AUGCCCCCCGGACAGCCCCGCAAGCCUGAGGCUGCCAACAAGGAGCGCAACGAGUACAUCCCCAGCUUCAUCGCCAAGAAGCCCUUCUAUAUCACCGACGACACAGAGGACGCCUCGGCCGCUUCCAACAAUGAUUACCUCGAGCAUCAGCGUCUUCAGAAGUCCGCUCUCGAUACCAGCCAGUCAAAAUGGUACGACCGCGGCAAGAAGUCGGGCCCCGCCGCUACAAAGUUCCGCAAGGGCGCCUGCGAAAACUGUGGCGCCAUGACCCACAAAGCCAAGGACUGCCUGAGCCGCCCGCGCAAAGCUGGCGCAAGAUGGACCGGCAAGAACAUCGAGGCCGACGAGGUUGUGCAAGAUGUCAAGCUAGGCUGGGACGCUAAGCGAGACCGUUGGAACGGCUACGACCCGUCCGAGUACGAUGCUGUUAUCGAGGAAUACAACGAGCUGGAGGAAAUCAGGCGCAAGAUGAAGGGCGAAGACAAGAACGACGGCGACGAGGACGAGGAUGCCGAAGAAGAGGGUGCCAAAUAUGAAGCUGAAGCCGACAUGGGCCGGAAACAGCCAACGUCUACCCGGAACCUGCGUAUUCGCGAAGACACGGCCAAGUAUCUGCUCAAUCUCGACCUGGACUCGGCCAAAUACGACCCCAAGACGAGGUCCAUGGUUGACAGUGGUGCGACUGCGGACAAGACUGCAGCACUGGUAGCGGAGGAGGGCUUUAUGAAAGCUUCCGGCGAUGCAGCAGAGUUUGAGAGGGCUCAAAAGCUUGCUUGGGAGUCACAACAGCGAGGUGACAGAAACCAGCUUCAUCUGCAGGCCAACCCUACAUCUGGCGAGUUCUUGAGGAAAAAGGAGCAGGAAGAAUCAGAAGCCAAGCGUGCAGCAAAGAGGAAGGAGUUGUUGGCGAAGUAUGGUGGUUCGGAGCACUUGCAAGACGCUCCCAUGAAGAGUGCGGCCGUUCUCGAGAAUGAGAAGUUCGUCGAGUACGACGAAAAGGGACGGAUCAAAGGCCUACCAAAGGUCAAGGCCAAAUCCAAAUACCCGGAGGAUGUUUUUAUCAACAACCAUAUGUCUGUCUGGGGCAGUUGGUGGUCAAACUUUCAAUGGGGAUACGCAUGUUGUCACUCGACAGUUAAGAACAGUUACUGUACCGGCGAGGCGGGCAAGCGGGCUUUCGAGGAGGCAGAGCGUCGCAGGACCGGCGCAGACGUGGACGAAGUCCCAAGGGAGAUCGCAUGGAAGCAGGAGGAAACGCUUGAAGAACACGUGCCGAACGCUGUUGAUAAGGACGAAAAGGCGAAGGAGGAUGCCAAGUCCAAGAAGAGGACCCUGGCAGAAAUGACGGACACGGUUACAGAGGAAGAGAUGGAGGAGUACAGACGGAAAAAGCAAUCCGCGGAUGACCCCAUGUCGAAGCUGCUCGGGAAGGACGAGCUACUCCACUGA